GCCACCGCCGCCAAGAUGCAGGACGGAGACGAUGACGAGCUGCCUCCCAUGUUGGUGACUGCCGACGGGAGCACUGCGGCGGAAGAGGCGCUGAGUGUGGAAUUGGACCAGGUGAAGAUUGUCAAGGUGCCCAUAACGAUCAUCACAGGCUAUCUUGGCGCGGGCAAAACCACGCUCCUCAACUACAUACUCACCGCAAAGCAUGGCAAGAAAAUAGCGGUCAUACUGAAUGAAUUUGGCAACACAUCGGACAUUGAAAAGUCUUUGACUGUCAAUCAAGGGGAUCAGCAGGUCUCCGAAUGGCUGGAUCUUGCCAAUGGCUGCAUCUGCUGUUCUGUCAAGGACUCUGGCGUCAACGCCAUCGAGUCUCUCAUGGACCGUCGGGGUGCCUUUGACUAUAUUCUACUCGAAACCACUGGUCUUGCGGAUCCUGGCAACAUUGCUCCUCUCUUUUGGGUGGACGAAGGACUUGGAAGUACCAUAUAUCUCGACGGAAUCGUGACGCUUGUUGAUGCGAAGAAUAUCCUUCGUUCCCUUGACGAGCCCGUCGGCGAAGAGGCUGUCCAUCGCGACGAUGAUCAUCACUCUGGUCCAGUCCUCUCCACAGCUCAUCUGCAAAUUUCCCAUGCCGAUGUAGUGGUCAUCAACAAGUCCGACCUGGUGACCCCUGCUGAACUCCAGGCGGUACAGGAACGUGUCUACUCGAUCAACGCGUUGGCGAGAACACAAGUGACAGAUCAUAGCCAAGUACCGGAGCUGGAAGGGUUGGUCCUGGACCUGCACGCUUACGACAACGUAUCAGCAGAUAAUCUCGAGUUUGCAAGCAAAGGACACAGCCACCUGGAUCCUGCCAUCGGCACUGUGACGCUGACCCUGCCUCGUCUCGAUGACGAUGGCAUAGUGGCGCUCGACAUAUGGCUUCAAUCUGUGCUGUGGGAGUCGCACCUGCCAAGUGAUUCGAAUGGGAAGGCAGAAGGACUGACAUCUGGCUGGGAGAUUCAUCGCAGUAAAGGCCGGGUGAUGCUGGCGAACGGGCGCGUGAAGAUACUUCAGGGAGUUCGUGAGAUUUUUGAGCUCAUAGAUGGUACCGUCAGUGCAGAGGACGACGUCUCACAGCGGGGAAAGCUGGUCUUCAUUGGCCGCAAUAUUGGCGAUGAACGCAGUCGAUUGUUAUUCCAACAGAGUCUUGACUUGAGUCUGCCGACCAGUCCAGUUGCCUAAAUGCUCGUCUCGCGCCGAUACACCGCCAGCAGAUAGAGUAAAAGCUCUGGCUCCAUCUCCUUCUCGCGGAUCGUCUCCCUUCGAGGCCACUCACCGACCAUUCUUGACGACUGUACCACUUGCUUGGGUAGACUACACCACGCUGUCUACGCCCUGUCUACGCCCUGCGGUAAUGACAUCCUUUGGCCGCUGACUGUGAUUGGACAGAUAGGCGGAGUCCCUUGCAUUCCCCAACUGCCAGCUUCAAGAGCUUCAAGAGCUGGCAGUCAAAAGCUCCCACCAUCCCUCAGCCUUGACACGACCAAAUCCACUUUUUCAUAUAGCAACUCCUCCAUCACCACUCUGCGUAGCUACUCGAGCUCGUCUUUUUUUCUGCGGAACAAUCACCAUGGCCAAGCCAUAUACCAACAUUAACGAAGAACAACUCCAACAAGAUGCCCAAGAUACCUUGCUACAUUUUGGCCCAUCCUUUCAGCCCUUCAUAAUAACUUCCACCUCUGCCCGCACAAUCACAACCGCAAGCAACCACACCCUCCUCGACUGGACCUCAGGUCAGAUGUCCACUUCCAUCGGCCACGGCCACCCCGAGGUCACCUCCACCAUCACCUCCCACGCCACCCAUCUCGACCAUCUCUUCUCCGGCAUGUUAUCUCCCCCUGUCAUCUCCCUCGCCAAACGCCUCACCUCGCUCACACCCCCCGGCCUCGACAAAGCACUGUUUCUCUCCACCGGUGGCGAGUCCAACGAAUGUGCCAUCCGGCUCGCCAAAUUAUACACUGGGAAAUUCGAAAUCGUGGGCUUGGCGAGCAGUUGGCACGGGGUGACUUCUGGGGCUAUAGGAGCGCAAUAUCACGACGGAAGGAAAGGUUAUGGACCGAACAUGCCCGGAAACUUUUGUCUGAUCGCUCCGAAUGGCUAUCGGUCGGCUUUCCGGCGUGCAGAUGGGAGUCAUGAUUGGGAGUUGGAGUUGGAGGUGGGGUGGGAAUUGAUCGAUAAGCAAUCGUGUGGGUCGUUGGCGGCGGUGAUUUUGGAGCCGAUUUUGAGUAGUGGCGGAAUGAUGGUGCUGCCUCCAGGGUAUUUGCGAGCGGUGAAGAAGCAUUGUGAGAAGAGGGGCAUGCUGCUGAUUGUGGAUGAGGCGCAGACGGCGAUUGGAAGGGCGGGAGAUAUGUUUGCGUUUCAGCAUUGGGAGGAAGACGAGGGUGUUGUUCCGGACAUAUUGACGUUGAGUAAGAGUUUGGGCAACGGACUUCCCCUGAGCGCCGUCGUGACCAGCAAUCCCAUCGCAGCAUAUGCCCAAGCGAACAAUUUUCUCUUCUACACCACGCACGCCAAUGACCCUCUCCCAGCAAGUGUCGGAGACAAAGUCCUCGAAAUUGUCGUCCGCGACCACCUCGUCCAGCGGUCCCGCGAGCUCGGCGCGAAAUUCCAGGCCCGCCUACGCCUCCUUCAAUCCCGCUACGGAUGCAUCGGGGACGUUCGCGGUCGCGGUCUGCUGGCGGGAGUGGAGAUCGUCGCCGACCGGAAGACGAAAGUCGCUGCACCGGCACUGGGCAGCGCUCUGGCGACCAAAAUGAUGGAAUUGGGCUUGUGGGCGCAAUUGUGCACGAUCCCGUCUUUUGGCGGCAUCUUUCGGUUGGCGCCACCGCUGACUACGACGGACGAGGAGCUGGAACGUGGACUGGGCAUUAUGGAAGAGGCUUUGGCGACGACGCCGGGGACAAUGCCGUUGUAUGGUAGUGGCGAGGUCGCGGGGCAGAUGGUCAAGGCGACAUUGUAGGAUGUACCUUAUGAUACUAUCCUUUGCAAUUUAUCGAUUCCAAGCGAAGUAUAUGCGAUGGUCUCCUUUUUUCAAGGCAGUUGAUUGAGGCGAGAUUUCUCAGCUCGUCCGCACCGCCGGCCAUUGAUCCCUUCCCGAAGGUAUCGAUUCCCUUCGGAUAUCCCCUCUUGAUUCUUCGGCAAGCCGCUUUGCUUUCAUUAGUUCUCGUGAUACAAGCCCUGCUCAGGCUGCGGGAUACCAUACAAGCCCAGUCCGAGCUUGUCCUCGGGAUCUGGAUCAGGCAUCUGAUAAUACCCAUCAUAUCGCCACCAUUUCCGGCCUUCCCACACGUCCUCGACUGGCAAAACCCCUUCCGCCUGCAUUUGAUCUCGAACCUCCUCCACGCCUCGCCACACACGAAGCAUGUUCUCGCCGGCGACCUUCGCCAGCUGUUCUUCCGUCGCGCCACGAUCCAAGAUGACCUUCAACAGUGCCGGAUAACAUCUCACGUCCUCCAGUCCCGGAAUGACGCUGGCAAUGCCAUCAAAAUCCGAGCCCAGCCCCACGUGAUCCCAGCCAAUGCGGUUCGCGAUAUAAAACAAGUGAUCGACAACAUCCUCCAGACGAGCAUCCCGCCUUCUCGUGGCAACAAACUCGGGAACAAAAGUCACCAUGAUGAUUCCGCCAUUGCGAGGGAUCAAGUCAAGCACAGCAUCAGACACAUUCCUCGCGCAGUCAAACACACUCUUCGCAUUCGAGUGGGAAAACAUCACGGGCGCUCUAGUGCACUCCAACGCCUGUCUCGCAGCAUCUUCCGAAACAUGUGAGCAAUCCACAAUCAUUCCAAUCCGAUUCAUUUCCCGAAUCGCCGCCUUUCCCAACUUCGACAACCCUCCAUGCACCGCCCCCAUUUUCGCCGUCGAAGAAUCCGCAAACGCAUUAUUUCCCACAUGCGUCAACGUACAGUAUCGCACCCCUAAUUGAUAAAAUGCUCGAAUCAUUCCAAUACUAUUCCCUGCAACAUGCAACCCUUCCACGCCCAUCGAACACGCAAUUUUCCCCUUGCCGUACUCGCUUCGUACAUCCUCGGAGCGAAAAACUAACGUGAACGUCUCGGGAUAACUCUGUACUAAUCGAAUCGUCAAAUCAAUCUGUUCAAUCGCAUCACGUGCCAUGU